AUGAGACCAGAGGAGAGCAGAGGAUCGAGAGAGAGCAGAGGACCAUGGGAGAGUAUGGGACCAGAGGAGAGCAGAGGAUCGAGAGAGAGAGCAGAGGACCACAGGAGAGCAUGGGACCAGAGGAGAGUAGAGGACCGAGAGAGAGCAGAGGACCAUGGGAGAGCAUGGGACCAGAGGAGAGCAGAGGACCGAGAGAGAGCAGAGGACCAUGGGAGAGUAUGGGACCAGAGGAGAGCAGAGGACCGAGAGAGUGCAGAGGACCACAGGAGAGCAUGGGACCAGAGGAGAGCAGAGGACCGAGAGAGAGCAGAGGACCAUGGGAGAGCAUGGGACCAGAGGAGAGCAGAGGACCGAGAGAGAGCAGAGGAUCGACAGAGAGCAGAGGACCACGGGAGAGCAUGGGACCAGAGGAGAGCAGAGGACCAUGGGAGAGCAUGGGACCAGAGGAGAGCAGAGGACCGAGAGAGAGCAGAGGACCACAGGAGAGCAUGGGACCAGAGGAGAGCAGAGGAUCGAGAGAGAGCAGAGGACCAUGGGAGAGCAUGGGACCAGAGGAGAGCAGAGGACCGAGAGAGAGCAGAGGACCAUGGGAGAGCAUGGGACCAGAGGAGAGCAGAGGACCGAGAGAGAGCAGAGGACCAUGGGAGAGUAUGGGACCAGAGGAGAGCAGAGGACCGAGAGAGUGCAGAGGACCACAGGAGAGCAUGGGACCAGAGGAGAGCAGAGGACCGAGAGAGAGCAGAGGACCAUGGGAGAGCAUGGGACCAGAGGAGAGCAGAGGACCGAGAGAGAGCAGAGGAUCGACAGAGAGCAGAGGACCACGGGAGAGCAUGGGACCAGAGGAGAGCAGAGGACCAUGGGAGAGCAUGGGACCAGAGGAGAGCAGAGGACCGAGAGAGAGCAGAGGACCACAGGAGAGCAUGGGACCAGAGGAGAGCAGAGGAUCGAGAGAGAGCAGAGGACCAUGGGAGAGCAUGGGACCAGAGGAGAGCAGAGGACCGAGAGAGAGCAGAGGACCACAGGAGAGCAUGGGACCAGAGGAGAGCAGAGGAUCGAGAGAGAGCAGAGGACCAUGGGAGAGCAUGGGACCAGAGGAGAGCAGAGGAUCGAGAGAGAGCAGAGGACCACGGGAGAGUAUGGGACCAGAGGAGAGCAGAGGACCGAGAGAGAGAGCAGAGGACCAUGGGAGAGCAUGGGACCAGAGGAGAGCAGAGGAUCGAGAGAGAGCAGAGGACCAUGGGAGAGCAUGGGACCAGAGGAGAGCAGAGGAUCGAGAGAGAGCAGAGGACCAUGGGAGAGCAUGGGACCAGAGGAGAGCAGAGGACCGAGAGAGAGCAGAGGAUCGACAGAGAGCAGAGGACCACGGGAGAGCAUGGGACCAGAGGAGAGCAGAGGACCAUGGGAGAGCAUGGGACCAGAGGAGAGCAGAGGAUCGAGAGAGAGCAGAGGACCAGAGGAGAGCAGAGGACCGAGAGAGAGAGCAGAGGACCAUGGGAGAGCAUGGGACCAGAGGAGAGCAGAGGACCGAGAGAGAGAGCAGAGGACCACGGGAGAGUAUGGGACCAGAGGAGAGCAGAGGACCGAGAGAGAGAGCAGAGGACCAUGGGAGAGCAUGGGACCAGAGGAGAGCAGAGGAUCGAGAGAGAGCAUGGGACCAGAGGAGAGCAGAGGAUCGAGAGAGAGCAUGAGACCAGAGGAGAGCAGAGGAUCGAGAGAGAGCAUGAGACCAGAGGAGAGCAGAGGAUCGAGAGAGAGCAUGGGACCAGAGGAGAGCAGAGGAUCGAGAGAGAGCAUGAGACCAGAGGAGAGCAGAGGAUCGAGAGAGAGCAGAGGACCAGAGGAGAGCAGAGGAUCGAGAGAGAGCAUGAGACCAGAGGAGAGCAGAAAUGA